AGAAGAGCAAGAAAAUAAGGUUUUAGAGUUGUAUAUGUCACGUUAACGUUAACGUCGGUUGGGAAUUUGGGAUUAGCAUCUUUCUUAGCCCCGGCCCUGAAGCGUGCAGUCACAGCACAAUCUUACAGAAACGUCACUGCAGCCAUGUCCAACGUCCCGCCACUUGACCACUUCCGAGGAGUCCGACUUGACGCCGACCAGCCACUGAACCUCUUACACGACGACACCAUCUACUACGACUACGACCAGUGGUUCGGGGAAGCGGCUUCCGAGCCCUACUAUGCCAGCUAUGCAACCACCGCUGUGAGCAACACCGGCUCCGAGAGCCCUGACAGCCUGGAUGACAUCGAAAACAUCUACACAGGCUUGCACAGGUGCGUCGACGAGGUUGUUGCGACCAUCUCGAUCCGCGCACCGCCGCGCUUGGAUCAAAUCAAGGAGCAAAACCGUAGGGUCAUGGACAAGCUGAAGACACUCGAGAGCGCCGCCAUCUCCAGCGACAACAUGGAUGCACAGUACGACCUGGUUCCUGCUGCAUCGAAAGCUCGAGCGCCGGCUGCAGACCGGGACCGACCUCGCACCAGCCGGGAUAAGCGGCGUCGUGUCUCUGUCACUAAAGCGCGGGCCGGCAGCAGUGCAAAGGCGAAUCUUACCCUCCGGCCUAUGCAUGCGUCCAACGGUGUCGCACUCCUAGGAGCCGACAUUGGUGACAUAGGACUCACCACCACUACUACUACGGGCACCAGCAGCAGCUUGACCCCACUGUCACAUACACAUACACCGUAUGAGACAUAUGCUACACAGACGGCGCCGGAUGCAACCAACAGCCCCCGCACCCAGUCCCACGGCACCGGGUCCUCCUCCUCCAGUGGGCCCUUGUUCAGCGGUCUGGGGGGAGACUCCAAGCUAGCCAGGAAGCUGCAGCAGAUUGGGGCCCGGGAAGCCAGCGCGCAGGUGGCUGAGUUCGCGGCCCAGCUGAGGGCGCCCGAGUACCACAACAUGCAGGACCAUGCGCUGCCGACCAUCGGCCAGUUUUCCUCGCUGUCGUCGCGCACAACAGCCGACGCGGCGCAUUUCCGGCAGCUCGUGCUGGGACUGGGCAUGGCCAUCGAGAGCAGCAUCUUUGGCGAGCAAAACUCGCGCAUCCGCAAACGCAUCGCCCUCGCCCACUUUUACCACGCCUAUGCCCUCGCCCAGGAGUACCCGGACCUGUUCCUUUCGUGGUGCGACGACCAGCAGGUCGGGCAGCAGCAGCAGCAGCAGCAGCAGCAGAAGGGUGGUCGGGGUUCAGGUACCUCGGGAAUAACGACGACCAACAUGCUGCCAAAGGGCGGCAGCAGGUCUGUCGUGCAACACCGCUUCGCCAAUCUCAUCUUCCCGCCCGAGUCAGAUGGCCAGGGUCAAGGUGGUAUGUCCGACGCAAAGAGGAAGACGCUAAAGAUCCAGAUGUGGAGAAAGAGCGGCAAGAAAUGGGCUCAAAUCAUUGAGCGGUUUGGAUAUGGCAUCCUCUUGCUGCUUCCGUCUAGCCUUUCGGAUGAGGACUUGCGUGUUGCGCGCGACGACGAGAUUGCGUAUUGCUUGGACGUUCUCGACUCGCGCAGGCAUUUGUUUGCCGAUCUGCUGGAGCAGGCAAACGGCCUCUUACAUGCCCACUUCUUUCUGCAAGAUGAGCGAGGCCAGUUGGAAAAGCCAACCUGGAACGAUUUUCAUAGGCGUUGAUUGCAUGUGCUCAACAGGGCUAACUCGGAGGGAUGUUUCGCGGUAGAGACAAUAGACAUGCCUAGAGAAUGAGAGAGAGAAACUGAUAAGUAGCUCGUAACGGUAAUAGAU